AUGGUGAGUUUGGGAGCGAUUCGCGAGAUCACGGCCAGAGCCGAGUCGUCGCACGAACGAACAAACCCAAGGUCCAACGCAGUCAGCAGCGGGAACCUCAAGUUGCGGCCGAUCUGCUUGAACAGGCCUCUGCUGAUGUUUUUCACCGAGUUCAGGUUCAGCUCCACGAGCGUCUGGCACGAGUGCUCCAGGACCGCAUAUACUCCGUCGUCGCCCAGGUCAAUGCACCGGCUCAAGUUGACGUCCAUGAGUCCGCCGUUGAUGGCCCAGUCGUUGAACAGCGACGACACUCCGGAGUCCGUGAUUUGGUCGAGCAUCACCAAAGACAGUUUUGUCAAUGCGGGACAGAACGGUUUGACGCCCGACACCAAGAAGGUGUCUGUGAGGCCGCUGCAUCCGUCCAGAAUUAGCGUUUCCAAAGACUCGCCGUUGACACCCAUCAGGUUGAUGAUGAGCUCGUCGUCGAUCAAUUCCUCCUUAUUGGGCGCGACGCUGUCGAUGUUGGAACAGUCCCAGAACUCGAUCUCGCGCAUGGCCGGGUCCAGAAACAGCGCCAUGGUCCGGUUAUCCAGAGACCUGUUCUUGGAUAAGAUACGGCCGAUUUUUUUCAUGUUCACCACGCCAAUAUCGCCCAACAAGUCCACCGCGUCGAUGUUCUUCGAGAUCACGUUGAUGCAGCAAUCCUGCAGCGUCGGGAUCUUGAACUCCUGCUUGUCCAGAAGCGCGGCAGCCACCUUCUUCCGCCGUUUGCGAGCCUCGAUCUCGUUGCGCUUCGUCAGCCGUUGCCGCUUGAUCUCGUUCGUCGUGCACUCCGGACACAGGUACCCGAUCCGCCCGUACUUCUCGAUCCGCUUCGAGUACACCGAGAUCACAAACUCGCGGUCGCACUCGAUACAGAAGUUGUUGCCGUCUGCCUUCUCGUCGUCGUCCAGACCGUCCUCGCGCUGCGCACGGCGUCUUUUCGCGCGCGCCCGCUCUCUGAUCCGCUUGAUCUCGGCCGUCUCUUCCUCGCCCUCCAAAAUCUCCUCGUCAGACUCGUCAGAACCGCCAUUUUCCACCUCCUCGCCACCUGCCUCCUCCUCCAACUGGCGCCGCAGUCCCUCCUCCACUCAGCGGAAUCUCGUGGUAGAGCAUGCCGUUGCGCUCGCUGAACUCUGCCACGUCGAAACGGGGCUCGGUGCCGGGCCUGAAGCCCAGCUUGAGCAGCUCCACGGGCGUUCCCGGGUUGCAAACGCGGUCGUGUCCGAUCUUCAGCGUCAUUUGCGAAACGAUACUCAGGCGCACAUUGGUGAUCGCAAACUCUCCCAGUCCGGUGGACACUCCGUCCACAGCGUAUUCGUGUGUUUGAGGCGUGGCGAUCAACAGGUCACCCAGCUGCUGGAUGUUGCUGUCGAGGUUCAAGUAGCCCACGGUGUUGAGACUCACCGUCAGCAUGAUGUCCGAAGCUAG